UGGCAUUGCCGGUAUAAAGCAUCGUGCUAAGCAUGUUUUUCAGGCGUAAAUAGCCUGCAAAUCAACAACAGCAAACAAAAAUGUCAUCAAGUCCAAAGCCAAAGUCUUUCAUUCGGCGUCUCGGUCAGAUCGAGCUGUGCGAAUCAGCGCUGCAUAGCCUCGACUACUACUGCAGUACAGUCCUCACAUGCCGCUACAAGCUCCCGCCGUCCCUCCGUGGCUUCAAGAGGCAAGACAUAGUCUUCCGACGCUUCGACCAAGCCAUUGCCCAAACAGUGCUUCGAUUUCCACUCCUACAAGUCGGUCUAGUUGGCGAGAGUACGAAAAAGCCCGCUUGGGUGUCACUCCCGUCGCUUGAUCUCGCAGACCAUGUAUCUUGGGAUAUCCGGCCGAAUUCGAGUGAUUAUGAAAGGGCGCUUGAAGCGAAUCUGGAGUAUCAGCUCGACACCAAGUUUGAGAAUCUUGAGACGAGGCCGGGGUGGAGAAUAUGUCUAAUGCGAACGAAGACAGACAAUUUUGUUGAUGUGAUGUAUAUCUGGAACCAUGCCAACCACGAUGGUAUGGGCGCCAAGAUCUUUCAGCAAACACUACUUCAGAGCCUCAACAACCCAGUUGCCUCAUCACUUCUUCGAAGCGGAUCUCGAGUCCUGACGACCUCUAUACGCAAGGAUAGCUUUCCCCAACCACAGGAGAAGCUGGCCAAGCAUAACUUAAGCUUGGGGUAUGCUUGUUCAGAGAUUUGGCAUGGUCUUUGUCCAUCUUGCUUCCACUCAGCAGAGUCAAAAGCUCGGUGGGCGCCUAUCCAGGCUGAUCCUUACAUCACGCGCUUCAAGGCCAUUGACAUUGACGCUAUUACCUUGAAGAAACUUCUGAGCCAAUGCCGAGAGAACGAUACUACACUUACUGGACUUAUCCACGGAAUCGUCCUAGCCUGUCUGUCCGUUGACAUCAAUGAGGGUAACACCGAUGCCUUUCAAGUCGCAACGGCCAUGGACCAUCGAAGAUUCUUGCGCAAAGAGCUUCGACCGUCAAAUUACGCAUCUCUUGACAUCGACAACAGUAUUCAGAACUGCACUGCAUCACACUGCCAUACAUUCGACCACGAAAUCGUCAGCGACAUCAGAGCCCAAGCCCGCAUCAACAACUGGCCCGCCCAACCCAUCGGCGACCUAGAGCCCACGAUCUGGAAAGCAGCACAGCAAAUCCGCAGAGAUAUCGAAAAGCGCCUCGACACUGGUGUGAACGAUAACGUAGUCGGCUUAAUGAAGGUGGUGUCUGACUGGCAUGACUACUUCAAGUCACUGGAGAAGAGACCUCGUGACCUAUCGUGGGAGGUUACGAAUCUUGGUGUUAUUGAUGGUGAGACCGAGGAUGGUUUUGCGGUGGGGAGGGCGGGAUUUACGCUGAGUGGAAAUGUUGUUGGGCCGGCGAUUCAGAUAAGUAUGGUCUCUGUGAAGGGAGGGGAUUUGUCAAUUGAGCUUUCUUGGCAGGACUUGCCGGAGAUUCAUGAUGUUGCUAAGAGGUUAGUGCAGGACUUGCGAGCUUGGUUGUUGUAUCUGGGUGCUUGA